GGGCGGAGCUUGCCACCGGCGGAGGGCGGGGCCCGCGCGGGGACUUCCCUUAGGCUGAGCUGCGCAGCGGGGUUUUGGCCAAAUUGGGCGAGGGCACAAAAUAACCACUUACCCCUUCUCACCGAGGAGGAACGGGAGAAAGGGUAUGGCACACUCUCAAGGCUGGGUGAAAAGGUACCUCAAGGCCUUUUGUAAAGGCUUCUUUGUGGCAGUGCCCGUGGCAGUGACCUUCCUUGAUCGGGUUGCCUGCGUGGCAAGAGUAGAAGGAGCAUCAAUGCAGCCAUCUUUAAAUCCUGGGGGGAGCCAGUCAUCUGAUGUGGUACUUUUGAACCACUGGAAAGUGAGGAACUUUGAAGUACAACGUGGUGACAUUGUGUCAUUAGUGUCCCCUAAAAACCCAGAACAGAAGAUUAUUAAGAGAGUGAUUGCUCUUGAAGGAGAUAUUGUAAAAACCAUUGGACACAAAAACCGCUAUGUCAAAGUCCCCCGUGGCCACAUCUGGGUCGAAGGUGAUCAUCACGGGCACAGUUUUGACAGUAAUUCUUUUGGGCCGAAAUGCGGUGGAUGGAGAAAAAGGAAAUAAGUUCCCAUGGAGAAAAGACUAAAAGAUGUCAGCAACUCUUCUCAGACAAGAGUGCACAGCGGGGAGUUUUCCUUUUCGAUGCCUAUAGCUGGCCAGGAAGCUGCAUUACACUGAUGGAUACAUUUCAGACUCAUUAUUUCCUCUUUGGAACAAUGGACUUUUUUCUUUUUUCUUUCUUUUUUUGAUAUUGAAGGGUUCACAAUGGGCAAAGGUUAAAAAAUAGGAAGGGUCCUAGUAAUUGAAUGUUCCAUUUAGAACAUAAGCAGGUCACAGGGACUGAAUGGCAGAAACAAGUUUUCAUGCUGAGUCAACUUCUGCAACGCAGGUCGAGUUUCUACGGAGGGAUUUCUGAUAAACUGAAGAUAUUAUUGGAGCUAUUGCUUUUAAAAGAUGCUUAUUUACAUUACAGUGAUGAUGAAUGUCUGAGAGAAUAAUGUCUGCAUAAAACAGAAAGAGCAACUAAUAACAAAAAUCAUCAAGCCACUGUGAGUGUUUUAUAGCACAGGCAGAGUUGCCGGGCUGGGAAGUUCCAGCUCCAACACAAACAGUGAACACAUCCACGAAACUCAUUUAAUGCCUCAUUAUUUUUACACACACAAAUAUUAUAGGCUCAUUUCAAGAUGAACAGAAGACAGAAAAAGGAAUAGAAAUAUUGGUUUAUUGGAUCUCUGGAAUUGAGCAUAUAUGUAUCUCUGGGUCUUCACAUUUUUCAAAUGUCUUUUUCUAUUUAUCCUAGGGUUUAAACCACAGUAACAGCAAUUGGCUACUCUUGCUGGUGCUAAAUGAAAGAAUUUGCAAAGAAAAUAAAAUCUUUUUACUUAUAACAAUGCAACAGUUCAAAAGUCCUAAUAAAAAACAAAUUUUGUUCAUCCCAUGCCAGCUUAAAAUUGUUUCUCAUGCUAGUUGUCUUCAAAUAAAAAUACACUGUUGAAAGAAAAAUUCUGGACCU